GGGAAAUAUUACAAGGCUCAAGAAUACCUGGGGAAAGCUCUUGCUAUCAACAUAGAAAUUGGCGACAGAAAUGGAGAAGCAACAAUCUUCAGGAACCUAGGAGAGCUGUUUAGAUUGCUUGGCGAAUAUGGCAAGGCCCAAGAAUAUCUGGAGAAAGCCCUCGCUAUCCAAAUAGAAAUUGGCGACAGAAAUGAAGAGGCAACAAGCUACGGAACACUUGGAACAGUGUUCCUAUCGAUCGACAAAAAUGGCAAGGCCCAUGAGUACCUGGAGAAAGCUCUCGCCAUCCAAAUAGAAAUUGGCGACAGAAAUGAAGAGGCAAUAACCUACGGGAACCUCGGAGCACUGUUCGUAUCGCUUGGAAAAUACGACGAGGCCCGAGAAUAUCUGGAGAAAGCUCUGGCUAUCCAAAUAGAAAUUGGCGACAGAAUUGGAGAGGCAGCAAGCUGUGGGAACCUCGGAACACUGUUCAAAUCGCUUGGGAAAUAUUACAAGGCUCAAGAAUACCUGGAGAAAGCUCUUGCUAUCAAAAUAGAAAUUGGCGACAGAAAUGGAGAGGCAACAAUCUUCAGGAACCUAGGAGAGCUGUUUAGAUUGCUUGGCGAAUUUGGCAAGGCUCAAGAAUAUCUGAAGAAAGCUCUCGCUAUCCAAAUAGAAGUUGGCGACAGAAAUGGAGAGGCAACCAGCUACGGAAAACUUGGAACACUGUUCCAAUCCAUCGGCAAACAUGACGGGGCCCAUGAGUACCUGGAGAAAGCACUUGCUAUCAAAAUAGAAAUUGGCGACAGAGAUGGAGAGGCAACAGGCUACGGGAACCUCGGAGCGCUGUUUAGAUUGCUUGGCGAAUAUGGCAAGGCCCAAGAAUAUCUGGAGAAAGCUCUCGCUAUCCAAAUAGAAAUUGGCGACAGAAAUGGAGAGGCAACAAGCUACGGAACACUUGGAACAGUGUUCCUAUCGAUCGGCAAAUAUGGCAAGGCCCAUGAGUACCUGGAAAAAGCUCUCGUUAUUCAAACAGAAAUUGGAGACAGAAAUGGAGAGGCAACAAGUUGCGGGUACCUUGGAAUAGUGUUCGAAUUGCUCGGCAAAUAUGAUGGGGCCCGAAAAUACCUAGAGAAAGCACUUACUAUGAAUAUAGAAAUUGGCGAAAGAGAAGGAGAAGCAACAAACUACGGGAACCUCGGAAGACUGUUUCAAUUGCUUGGCGAACAUGACAAGGCCCGAGAAUACCUAGAGAAAGCCCUACGUAUUUACAGGGGAAUUGGCGGAAGAAAAGGAGAGGCAGACACUUACGGAAACCUUACUUCAUUUUUUCUGUCCCUCGGUCAAUAUCGAAAGGCUGAAGAUUUUCUAGAGAGAGCAGUGGCAAUUUGGAGGGAAAUCGGUGACAGAAGUGGACAAGCAAUACAUUUCGGAAACCUUGGGAGGAUUUCUUGUAAGCGUGGUGAGUACGACAAUGCUCUAGAAUAUCACAAGAAAGCCCUUGAAAUUCACAUGGAAAAUGGUACGAAAGAAGGUGUUGUUGUCGGUUACGCACAUAUAGCAUCGUGUUUCCAAUCGCUCGGUAAAUAUGACAUGGCCGAGGAAUACCUCAAGAGAGCUCUCUCAUUAAGCAGGGAUGUUGGACACAGCUCGCGUGAGUUUCAAUGCCUUCUUGAUCUAACGGUGUUGAAGGUAUCACAAAAUGAUCUUGAAGAAGCCUUUUCGUGUCUUUUCCAAACCAUUCAAAUUUUCGACACGUUGCGAGGAUCUCUAAAAGAAAAUGAUCAGUUUAAAACAUCACUUUUAGAGGAACACGGCACCUUUCCGUACAAGUUGCUCAGUAGCUUACUUUCUUCCAAGGCAAAGCCACACCACGCCCUCUAUGUCGAGGAGUUGAGACGGGCGAGGGGCUUGGCCGACUUGAUGGGGGCUCGCUACUCUGUUGUAAAGCAGAUCUCAGGCGAUCCAAAAUCAUGGUAUGGGAUUCAAAACAUUGUCGCAAAGGAAACUGACUGCGCAUGCCUCUACAUUUCUGUUGGAAAAAAGCAUAUGCACUAUUGGAUUCUCAAAGCAACAGGGGCUAUCAUUUUUAAAGAUGAAGAAGUGAGCCUGGACAAAAAUGUGGUGACCGGAUUAGUCCCUAACUUGGAUGAGUUUUUUACGAAAAGCUUUCGUGGCCUUGGCAUUUUACCCGAACAUAAUUGCGAAGAUCGAUCUCUAGAUGACACCGAAUCGAUGUCACUUUACCAUGAAAAUCACGCGCUCCUGCGCGAUUGUGAUGACAAAGGUAUCAAGACAAAUCUUCAAUUGUGUCACAAGAUAAUCAUCGCUCCUGUGGCCGCUUUACUGAAGGAGCCCGAAAUUAUCAUUGUCCCUGAUUCCUGUAUGUAUCAG